AUGAGCGACGUAAAACAACAUUCCUCCGAGAAUAUUUCGAAGCAUGCCGGUGAAGUUGAUCAUGGUGCCUUUGACAAACCCGGCUACGAAGCCAUCGCCACGACCCUCGAUAUGAGCAAGACUGCGCGAGUCGUAGCUCGCUGGCUCUCGGUGAAUUUCCUCUCGGUCUCUAUGGAUUGA